GCAACCCAUAGGGUACAGCAGGUUUUUGCGGGUAACCCGCAGAUACCCGACCCGCUGCAGGACUCUACCAGGCAGCCCUUCAAAAAACCGGGCUGUCCAGGUGAAAACCAGGCAGGUGGCAACCUACAACUUGCCCAUCUCUGAUGUCACAAAAGGAGGCAGGCUAGAGCCUCUAAAUGGACACUGACAAAAUCUGGCAGACCCCGCCCCCGAAAGACUCCUUCUGUAAUAGGACGCUGAUCUGUGACGCUCCUGUUCACGCCCAUUCCGGAAGUCGCUGGGGCUGCUUGGCGUUGUGUUGUUGCGACCUCCUACGUUUAUUUCCGGGUUCCUUUACUACGCCACGAAAAUGCAGGAAGACGAACUGGAGCGAAAAGCUGUAGAAGAGCUUCUCAAAGAAGCAAAACGUGGCAAGAUCCGAGCUGAAACCAUGGGAGCAAUGGGCUGGAUGAAAUGCCCUCUUGCCCCCACCAAUAAACGAUUUUUGAUUAACACGAUCAAGAAUACAUUACCAGCAAAGAGGGAAAAAGACUGCAGUACAAAGAAUGAGCAGAAAGAAUCCGAGGAUCGUUGCAGUGAGAAAGGACAUUCAAGGAAGCAUAGGACACAUCCUUAUAAAAGCAGUACCCGUUCCCGAAAGGAGAAAAGCCACUCUCCGCCUCGUAGCAAGAACAACAAGGAAAAGUGAUACAAGGACAGUACCAAGAGGAGAGGAAGCAGGGAGCUUAAUGCAAUAGGCGGCAACUGUUAUUUAUUAGAAUACAAUACAAUGCUGUUAUCUUUGCGAGUAACAUCUAUAGGUAGGGACAUACUUCUACCAAGAAAUUGGGCUAUAACUGUUGCAUCCAAGUAACUAUUUUACUGCCAGGAUUCCCCUUAAAAGGGUGGUUCACCUUUAAGUUAA